AUGGAAAGGGUCAAUUUAUGUUCCGUACCAGUUUGGGUUUCUUUGCCCAAUCUUCCUUUUCACUUUUGGUCGGUUGAAGCUCUUAGUUCGAUCGGGAGUGUGAUUGGAAAGCCGAUUGUCACUGAUAAGAUGACAAGGUCUAUGGAGCGAUUGUCCUAUGCUCGGAUGUGUGUGGAGGUGUCUGCAUUUUCUGACCUACCAUCCUCUAUUCCUGUCUAUGGAGAUGAUGGUCUUUCUUUUCACCAAAGGGUGGUCUAUGAUUGGAAACUAUCAUCUUGUAAACACUGUAGGAUAUUCGGGCAUUCAAAUGCGACUUGCAAUUUUGGUAUUCGUAGUUCCAACAAAAAUCUAGGUCCGAAAAAAGAAUGGAGAGUGAAGGAUCCGGCUGCAGGUGUAACUCGACAGGGUUCGACCGGGAAUGGUGGUGAAGAUUUGGCCGGAGAUGAAGGUGGUGCUUCGGCCGUAGCUGGAGGACGAGAGCUGGUGAUUUCAAAUUCAAAUUCAAAUUCUAUUUCCUUUAAUUCUCGCAUGAAUAAAGGGAAAGAAGUUAGUCGGCCCUUGAGGCAAGGCGCCAGGUUGGGUAAGAAGAUAUUGAGUAUGGGAUGA